CCCGGCCAUCCCGGCCAUCCCGGCCAUCCCGGCCAUCCCGGCCCUCCGGUCCGUCCCGCCGCCGCAAUGGGCCUCACCGUGUCUGCCAUCUUCUCCCGCAUCUUCGGCAAGAAACAGAUGCGGAUCCUGAUGGUGGGGUUGGACGCUGCAGGCAAAACCACCAUCCUGUACAAGCUGAAGCUGGGAGAGAUCGUCACCACCAUCCCCACCAUUGGGUUCAACGUGGAGACGGUGGAGUACAAGAACAUCUGCUUCACGGUGUGGGAUGUAGGAGGCCAGGACAAGAUCCGGCCCCUCUGGAGGCACUACUUCCAGAACACACAGGGUCUCAUCUUUGUGGUGGACAGCAACGACCGGGAAAGGGUGCAGGAGUCUGCGGAGGAGCUGCAGAAGAUGCUGCAGGAGGAUGAGCUGCGUGACGCCGUGCUGCUGGUGUUUGCCAACAAGCAGGACAUGCCCAACGCCAUGGCGGUGAGCGAGCUGACCGACAAGCUGGGGCUGCAGGCACUGCGCAGCCGGACCUGGACUUGGACCUCACCGACCCACAGCUCCGGUUGGGACGGAACCCCACUUUUUAUCCACCACAAAUGAAUGGGGAAUGGGAGCUUAAUAAAGUGCUGCCUGCACCGUGCCGGGCUGCAGAGGAGGUGGGCAGAGCUCUGCAGUGCUUUUGUCCUCCCCGAGUUGUCCUGCAGCAUCAAUGCUGCCCAGGGAGAGGUUUGGGAUUGUGGGGUUGGCUCUGGGGUGUGCGCUGUAGGAGAGCUAAUUGGGCUGCAAUUAGUGGGACUGCAUGAAGCCUGAUGGAAAGAGCCUGCCCAGCACUGGAAGAGAAUGAGUGCUGGGGGGGCGCUGGCUAUCAAUGUGGGGUGCUGGCUGUACCUAUGGGGUGCUGGAUGGCCCUGUUGGGUGCUGGUAUCCCUAUGGGGUGCUGGCUGGCCCUGUUGGGUGCUGGUAUCCCUAUGGGGUUCUGGCUGUCCUUGUAGGGUGCUGGCUAUCCUUGUGGAGUGCUGCUGUCUUCGUUGGGUGCUGGCUAUCCCUAUGGGGUUCUGGCUGUCCCUGU